AUGGCCAACGAGAGAUUGCAGGCUGUCCUUGCACAGCUAAAGCCCGCAACAGGGGGGCAGAGCGCUCUUGACAAGAUAACACAAAAGAACCCCGAUGACAUUGUCAUCACAUUGGCACUGCGAACGCCGAUGGCGAGGGGAUUCAAGGGCGGGUUCAAGGACACGGAUCUUGACUAUCUGGUCCUUCAACUGUUGCAGGAGGUGAUGGCGAAGUCGAAACUAGAUCCAAAUUUGAUUGAUGAUGUCGUCAUGGGGAAUGCAAACAACGACAAAGCUUCCACAAUAUGCCGCACAGCUGCCCUCGCCGCCGGCAUCCCCUACACCGCCGGCGCGGCCGCUAUCAGCCGCUUCUGCUCAUCCGGCCUCAUGUCGAUUCAAAGCGUCGCCUACGAGAUCGCACAGGGUGCCAUCGAGAUCGGUAUUGCAAUCGGCGCAGAGUCCAUGAGCAAAGGGCCCGACCGCACCCCCCAGCCCUUCCAUCCGGAAAUCAUGAAGGAGCCGGAUGCGGCAGACUGCAUGCAGCCGAUGGGUCAGACCAGUGAGAAUGUCGGUGAUGACUUUGGCAUUUCGCGCGAGAUGCAGGAUCGGUACUCCGUGGAGUCAUUCCGGAGGGCAGAGGUGGCGCAAAAGGCUGGCUGGUUCGAGGAUGAGAUCGUACCGAUUCGGACGACAGUGAAGGUUGGGAAGGAUGGGAAGGGGCCGGAGAGGGAAAUGACUGUCACCAAAGAUGAAGGGCCGCGGUAUGGCACGACGUUAGAGUCGUUGAGUAAAAUUCGGCCGGCGUUCCCGCAGUUUGGGAAUAAGACGACCGGUGGGAAUGCGAGUCAGAUUACCGACGGAGCCGCCGCCGUAAUCCUCAUGAAACGCUCCAAAGCCAUCGAACUCGGCCAACCGAUCCUCGCAAAAUUCGUCGGCGCCACCGUCGCCGGAGUCCCGCCCCGCAUCAUGGGCAUCGGCCCCUCCAUUGCUAUUCCCAAACUCCUGUCGAUGUACAACCUGCGCAAGGAAGACAUCGAUAUAUUCGAAAUCAACGAGGCGUUUGCCUCCAUGGCGGUUUACUGUAUUGAUAAGCUAGGUCUGGAUCACAAGAAGGUAAACCCGCGCGGCGGCGCCAUUGCGCUGGGGCAUCCGUUGGGAUGCACGGGGACGAGACAGGUCUGUACUAUUUUGAGUGAGGCGCGGAGGACGAAGAAGAAGGUAUUGGUUACGAGUAUGUGUAUUGGGACGGGACAGGGGAUGGCUGGAUUGUUUAUUAACGAACAAUGA